CAAAGCAACGAAGGAAGCCACCAGCCCGCCGGGGCCACCGGCAUUUCGGCCAUGCCACCUCAAAAUUCGCAGUGCAUCGUCUCGAAAAAGCAUCAAAAUCGGAACUGAAGCAGAAUAAAAAGAAAUGAAAAGCACAUAAAAAGGAGAAAACAGCUGGUUCACCAAGAUGCCUGAGGCAGACGAGAGCCCCAGCGGGGCCAACGUGAGAGGCGGCGGCAACGCCGGCAUGGGGUCCAUGACGGCGCGCGAGGUGCGCGACACGACGCUGAUGCUGCGCCGGCCGACCGUGGUGGACGCCCUGCAGCAGGCCGUGCCCAAGCCCAAGGGGGCCGUGCCCCCCGACGGCCUGCCCUUCUGGGACAGCGUGCCCCUCGGCUCCAAGCUGCCCAUCAUCGACCACCCCAAGGACGCCUUCGUCUUCUACCGCGACAAGCUCGGCCGAGGGCUAUGGCGCAGCUCCCCGCUGGGGGACUUCCGCCUGGACGACCCCUACAUGCACGAGGUGGACUACACGUACGAGCCCGUGCACGACCCCGCGCUGCGGAGGCUGUUCCAGUCGGAGGAGCAGCGCAAGAUCCUCAUCUCCAGGGGCUUCAUCCUGCCCACCGACGAGGCCGUCUGCUCGCUGCGGCAGUUCAACACGUACCGGCGCUACCUGCAGACCGUGUACCGGGAGCUCGUCAAGGCGGAGUACCGCCGCAGGGCCGUGGACCUGUCGGACGAGCAGGCCAUCCGGCGGGCGCGGCAGUGCGAGGAGAGGCAGCUGGCCCUGGACCAGCGGCGCAUCGAGCGCGAGAGCAAGCAGGGGGAGCUGCGGGAGCACCUGGAGGCGGAGCGACGGAAGAAGCAGCAACAGAUCGUGGCGCGGCAGCUGCACUACCUGGAGCUGGCGGAGCGCCUGCAGGCCGCCAAGGAGCAGCAGCGGCGCGAGGCGCUGGAGCGGGCGCGCGAGCUGGACGAGAAGGUGAAGCACCGGCAGGCCGUGGCGGCGGAGAUCCGGCGCGCCAAAGCCAUCGCCACCAUCCAGGCCUGGAACCGCGAGGAGAAGGAGCGGCGCGAGCGGCUGGAGAAGCAGCAGCUGCAGCUGCAGGAGUACAAGGAGAAGGAGGUGGACAAGCAGUGGCAGGCCAAGCUGCAGGCGCAGACGGAGCGCGUGGAGCGGGACGCGCGGCUGCUGGCCCGCCAGGAGGAGGCCCUGCGCCUGGCCGUGGAGCUGCGCAACAAGAAGGUGGAGCGCGAGGACCUCCGCAUGCAAGGGCUGCUGAAGAAGAUCAAGAGCGACCAGGAGAAGCUGCGCGCCAAGCGCUUCCGCUUCCGGCCGGCCAAGCGCAAGCGGCCCGGCGCCAGGACGGCGGCGCAGAGGGCACAGGCCGCGCAGGCCGACGCGCGCCGCAAGCGCAGGGUCACCAGCGCGGGCCUCAUCGUUGACGAGGACGUCAUGACCGCCGGCGACCAGGUGUACAACAUGUCCAUGCGCAUGGUGAAGACGGCCAAGGAGCGCGGCGAGCAGUGCCUCGUCGGGGACAAUCUGUGGGCCAAGUUCCGAGAAACCGGUUUCGAUCCCAGCGAAACUCGGGAUGGCGUUCCCGAAGCGGUGGCCACCGCCAUCGACGGGCUGCUGGACUCGGUCAUGGAGGGCAUCGUGCACCGGAUGGUGAUGCAGACCCUCAAGUGCGUGUACCACAAGGCGCUCGAGCGCUGCUUCUCGCUGCUGGAGGGCCUGCCUGCGCGCGAGAUGGCCAAGCGCGGCUGGGUGUGCGACCACGGCAUGCUGCGCCACAGCGAGCUCCGGGAGAAGGCCAGGGCGCGCGAGCAGCGCGAGUGCCGCAAGGGCAGGCAGGAGGCGGACGCCCAGGACGCCGACAGCGCGCCCAGCCCCCGAGCCUCGCCCAGUCCGCGCAAGCAGCGCUCCGGCCGCUCGGCCAGCUCGGCCAGGCAGAGGAUCUUGCAGCAGAUCGACGCCGUCGAGCGGAAGAACGUGCAGCUUAGAAAGGCGCUGGAGCAGAGCGCCAGCUCCACCAUGUCCGUGGACACGGACGACGACGCCCGGGACGCGGCCAUGGACCUGGACGCCAACUUCGAGGUCAUGGCCAAGAGCCUGCAGCGGCAGAUGGUGGCCAUCGCGGGCCAGAGCGUCAGCGAGGAGACCAAGCUGACGACGCAGCAUCGCUGGAAGCUCAUGAAAGAAGUGGAGCUGUUCGAGCUGGUGGACAGGCUGUGCACCAUGAUGAUGACCACGCCCCCAAAGAAGUUCCUCAAGAGCACCGAGUUCCAGUGGGCGGCGGACAUCCUGGCCCGCGACGUCAUGCGAGAAGUCCGCCACCAGGUGCGCCAGACCAACCGGAAGAAGGACCGGGAGCGCAUGCGGAAGCACGAGGCGGAGGCGGCGUCCCGGGUGCAGGCGCAGGGCCACAGCGGCCAGAGGGUCAGGGACGCGACGGCGGGGACGUCCCACCAGCGCGGCGAGGGCUCGGGGCAAGCCACGGCCACCGACACGGCCACUGGCACGGGCACGGGGACGGGCACGGGGACGGGCACGGGGACGGGGACGGGCACGGGGACGGGGACGGGGACGGGCACGGGGACGGGCACGGGGAGCGCCCCGAGGGACUCCUUGGAGCCGCUGGACGAGUCCAAGGUGCCCCUGCUGCGCCUGCACAAGCGAUCCCCACACCAGCCGUCCAUCCCGUCCUUGGACUCCCUCACGUGACCACCCUCUCACAGGACACAGAGCGAAGGCGCCCAUUUUCUACCAAUUUUAUUGAUGGAUUUUAAGAAACUUUUCGUAGUUCAUAGUGUGAGAUCGCUAGUCAUGCUUCCAUUCUUUUCUACAUUUUUUAAGGUUUUAUUUCAGAUUGGCUUUUAGUGAAAUGGAAAUAGGAAGUGCCGUAGCAGAACACUCCCAUCUUGUAAAUAGCUUUUCUACUUUCCUGCCUCGAUUUUUGAUGGAACGUAGGGCAGAGAAGGAUUAAGAAUAAAACAGUUACAGA